UUUUUCGUUUGUAUGUGGAUGUAGAUGAUGCGUUUGAAAAGUAUAUGAAAUUAAACAUUGAAAUAAUAAUCAACGAAUAAACAGAAAAUUCUGUUACUUUGUAUGAUUGUACGUUUCUUCAACAGACUUAAUUAUUAAAAACUAAAUGGGACGACAAAAAGAUGGAUCAAAAAUUGUUUUUGUUCAAGAACAAAUUGCUACAGUGGUUCGACCACCACCACCAUCACCAUCACCACAACAACAAACGAAUGUUGAAAAUAUUGAAAAAACGACCACCAUCAACAAAAUGAAUAAGAAUUCGAUAAUAACCACCAUAAUACCGAUUGAUUGUGAUAAUUUGGAUAAUGAUGAUAAUAAUAGUAUGAAUCAAAGAAUCGUUCAAUCAUCCAAUCAACUAUUGAUUGAAAGAAAAGAAUCAAACAAAAUAUCAAUUAUGAAUAAUUCAUUGGAAAUAAAUUUACCAAUAUGUAGAAUUUGUCAUUGUUCGAAUGAAGAUUUAGCUGAAACCAUAUCAUUAAAAUCACCAUCAUCAAAUAUGAAACAUUUAAAAUUGAAUCUAAAUUGUGAUAAAAUUAAAAAUCGAUUUAAUAAUGUUGAUGAUGAUGAUGAUGAUGAUGAUCCAUUUAAUUUGAUUCAACCAUGUUAUUGUACAGGCACAUUACAAUAUGUACAUCAUAAUUGUUUACAACAAUGGAUUCGUUCAUCUAAUCAUCGAUAUUGUGAACUUUGUAAAUAUAAUUUUAAACUUAAAACCAAAAAUAAACCAUUAUUUCAGUGGGAUUGUAUGAAUAUGACCAAUGGUGAACGGCGUAAACUUUUUUUACAUAUUACCUUUAAUCUAAUAUCAAUGAUCUGUGUAUUUUGGUCAAUAUAUGUGAUUGCAGAACAUGCAUCAUUGGAACUAUCUAAUCGUUUGGGUUGGAAAUUCUGGAUCAAAAUGGUGGUCAUCACCAUUGGUCUUAUUUGUGGCAUAAUAUUCAUUGUAUUUCAAUUACGAUUAUAUUUCUCAAUAUUAUCACGUUGGAAACAAUUUAAUCAAAUUGUAAUUAUUGAAAAUGUUGGCAAUAAUAAGAUGGAAAAUCAACAACAACAACAGCAACAGCAACAAUUUGACGAUUUAAUCAGAAUCGAAAAUCAAAAUCAGAAUAAAUGAUGCUCCAAAAAAAAAAUUAUUUCAACCAUAUAUUUUCGGUUGGAUUAAACUAGUCAAACCAAAACGAAAUAUUGUCACCGAUUGAUUGAAAAUAGAAGCAUAUCAUUUUUUCGGAUUUUUUUUUUGUUUCAUAACCCGUGAGACUCUUUGUCAAUUUUAUUUAUAUCAAUUGAAAGAGAUUGUUGAAUGUCCAAAAUCAAACACACCAAAUACACACAGAACACCAUUUUCAUUAUUUAAAAUUCAUCCAAUAUUUAUACAGUUGGUUAUCGACAUACAAACAUUCUUCUAGAAUGCAAUUGUUCGUAAAUGACAAUGUCAUUAAUAAUAAUGAUAAUAAUGAUCUUUAAUGAUGGCAUUCGUGCUACAAAUGAUUAAAGAAAUUGCAAAAUUUUGCUUAUA